UGUAGUCCUCAGCUUGGCAGUGGUCUGCAUCCUGGGUAGGACACCAGUCCAUUAGACCCGGCCACAUUUACUGCCUCACAUCCUAAGGAUGUGUGGUUUAGGUGUUCUGGUGUCCCUAAGUGUUUAUGCAGGCUAGAUGGAUGGAUUGUAGUUCCUGAGUAGCUGUAUUCCAGUGUGUCUCUGAUGAGGGCUCAGCACUCUGGAUCACUGUUAGAUUCCUCCUACUGUUCUACUGCCCUGGCCAGUUCAGUUUCACUUUCAUUUCCAGCACCUGAUCCUGAUUUCUGAAGAACUCAGAUGACAGACACCUGCUCCCAGCCUACUCAAACGGAGGUCUAACUGCUCAGCCUCAUUUUCUGUCUGUCCAGAUUUACCAUGGGAAUUCACAGUGAAUCCAGAAGGAUCCCGACUGUAACCUCAGUUCAGGGUUUAAGUGGUGUGAGGUUUGGGCACAAAUUCCCCAGACGUGGCCUGAAGCUUCUGCACUGGCUGGCAAACAAAUGGAUCGUGUUUGACGCUAAGGGGAAGAUGCUGGCCAAGACAGAUCCCAGAACCAGAGAGUUUGGGUUCCACGUCUUCCACAACUUAGAGAAGAUUGUACCAGUGUUACUGGGAAGCCAGAGCUGUUACUUUGAGGUGGGGAACCUGCAUGCCGAUGGUGCUGCUGCUCUUCCCUUCAGUGAGGCCGACAUAGGAGGCGAUGAAUGCAACACCGACCGAAUCAUUGUGCGAAUGGACUCAGGUCAGGUGAUUGGCGAGGUUUACAUCACAGAACACACCCCUCACCAGAACAGCUUCAGCUCUGAAUCUACAUACCGCAUCAGCAACAUCCUGAUCCGAUCUAUACAAGGUUUGGAGGAGAGCGUCUUCCUCCAGCAGGCUGGGUACAUCCCGGGCAUGUAUGAGCAUCUCAUGCCAAAGAGCAGAGAAACCGCUGUUAACAUGGAGGAGGAAGAUAAGGAGGACGGCUUCCCAAGGCAGCGCCGGUCCACUUGCGGUGAUACUUGUAGUUGUGUUAUACUAUGAGCAACCGGUGGUGGCAAAAAAAAAAUUGAGGAGCGUUACGUGCCGUGUGAUUGAGUAUAUGGUUACAGGUCUGCCUGCCGUCCACCAUUCGCCUUCUCGUUUCCUCCUUCCGCCCUCUGUUCGUCCGCUCCGCCUCCACGACCCCGCCCACAUCUUCCCUCUGCACUUCGUAUAGUUCGUCACUAAAAAAAAAACCAUUUAACUAUUUCAGGAGUUCUGCUCAUAGUACAAUUUUGCGAUUCUGUCCUGUGUUUUGCCAGUUAUGUAUGACUUUGGGUUGUUUCUGGUAUUUCCGAUUUUUUUGCUUCUCCGUUCUGUACUUCUGCUGGUUUCUUUGGUUUUGCUCGGUUACGGAUCGCUCUGCACGGUUUACUUGUUUACGCCUCUGCCUUUGGGUACUGUUGCCUCGGUCUGUGUGAAUGUGUAUCUUAUCUGCAAAGGGCCGGUGUGUAUGCAGGUUUUCGCUGCAACUCCCUAAUUAGAUUACUAACUAAAGGACUGAUUCGCUGAAGAGUUCUCACACCUGGGUUUGAACAGCUGACCUACAGGUUAUCCCAAAAACCUGCAUACACACCGGCCCUUUGCGGAUAAGAUUGGCCACCCCUGGUGUACACAAUGCGUGUGUUUGAGCCAACGUGUAGGGAGUGACUUCCAUUUCUGUAGGCAGAUUAGCUUUGGGUCCCACUCACAAGUUUGUUUUGUUUGUUAUUUGUUUGUGUCACUCCUGAUGAAAUUCAUCACUGGGUGUUUUUUGUUGUGCUUUUUAAAUGUCACAUCAGUUAUUAUCCGUCAUCUGUCUAUAUAUUAAGUUCCCUGUUGAUCACUUUCCCACCUUUGGUGUGUCCUUAUCCAGUAUCCCUUUCUAUGGCCGUCGUUAGCUCCAAUCAUUUUAAGCCUGAACCUGAGUAUUUUAGCCCUUAUGCCAAUCUUCCUUUAAAAAAGAAAAAAGUGAAGCUCCAGGUAGACUUAACAUAGCCCAGGAUCUUUUCAUUAGCCAGAAACGCCCCUCUCGUUUUCUAUAUCCAUUCUCUCACACCCCAACCCCUAGACGGGGGGAUUGUAACAGGAGGUAAAAAGAUAAUUAAGCUGGGAGGGGUUGUGAGUUUGUGAAAUCUGAAGACAAAACUUCUAAAUCAUUCAUUGGACCAAAACACUGUCAAUAUUUUGUCCUGUUUGUUGAUUCGUAAAGGUUUGGUGUGUCAUUUUAUGUGUUUUAGCCAAUAAGGGAUUACACUGAUUUCUUUGAGAAGACCAGGGAGGACACUUCCAUUCUGAGGAAGCUCAGCCUUUACCUCCUCUGACCCUCAGCAUCACUUCAAAUAAACUGGCCAUUCCAUCUGGCCACUAGGUGUCACUGUUUACAAUAUAGCCAUGUGUUUUAAAGCCUUAGCUCUUUGCUGUUCUUUUUUUGUCUCCUUCCGUAAUAAAAUGUGAUGUUUGAUGUCAUAUAUUGUCAGAGACAUUUUAUUCCAUUAAAACACAUGUGUUCAUAA